AUGGCGUCUCUGGGGAAUUCCGUUCUCCUAUUUCGACGGCUUGCGCCGCGGCUGUCUAAAGAAUUGUUUACCUGCCGCCAGUGCCUUGUUCGGACCCAAAACUAUGGAACCAGAACGACUCCCCGUACACCCUCCGUUCCCUUCGCUCGGAACACCGGCAGCAUCAAUGCGGCGUCUCUGAAAAGCAAGGCGAGGAAGGCAUUUGCGCGAUGCGCUUCUGAUUCCGCUGCCGUAAAUGGUGCGAAACCAGAGACGUCAAAGUCAAGUUUCCCUGGUGUUAGCGAUAAGACCGUGGCAUAUUGGUUACUCGGAAGCGCGGUUAGUGUCUUUGGUAUCGUGGUUUUCGGAGGCCUUACUAGGCUAACGGAGUCUGGACUGAGCAUUACGGAAUGGCGCCCUGUUACUGGUUCUCUUCCUCCUAUGAACGCCGAAGACUGGGAAUCCGAGUUCGCGAAAUACCGUGCUUCACCCGAGUUUCAGCUCUUGAACCCAACGAUGACACUCUCCGAAUUCAAGUCUAUCUACUAUAUGGAAUGGAUCCACCGUAUCUGGGGUCGAUUUGUCGGGCUCUCCUUCGUUUUGCCGGCUAUCUACUUUGUUGCUCGGAAGAAGGUCAGCAAGCCCAUGGCUUUACGGCUGGCUGGUAUUUCAGGCUUGAUCGGAUUCCAGGGUUUUAUCGGUUGGUGGAUGGUCAAAUCAGGGCUCAAGGACGACCUCUUUGCUCCGGGCAGUACACCUCGUGUUAGUCAAUACCGCUUGACAGCGCACCUUGGGGCCGCGUUUGUCUGCUAUGUCGCAAUGCUUUGGAACGGUCUCGCUAUUCUGCGGUCCCAUCGUCUCCUGUCUGACCCGGAUGCUGGAAUCAAAUUGCUGGAGUCACUCAGGGAUCCGAAGCUUAAACUUUUCCGUCGAUCUGUUGCCGGUUUGGCCCUCCUUGUUUUUGUCACUGCCAUGUCGGGUGGUCUUGUUGCUGGCCUAGAUGCCGGGCUUAUCUAUAAUGAAUUCCCAUACAUGGGUAACGGAUUUGCACCUCCAUCUUCGGAACUGUUUGAUAAAAAAUACUCGCGACACGAGGACCGCUCAGACUUGUGGUGGAGAAACAUCCUGGAGAACCCCUCUCUCGUUCAACUGGACCACCGUAUCCUGGCUAUGACAACAUUCACAUCCAUCAUGGCUCUUUGGGCGUACACACGCAGAUCACCAAACGUGAAGCGCUUCCUACCGCCAGCUGCCAAGAAGGCUGUACACGGUGUCGUCGGCUUUGCCUGCUUGCAGGUCGGACUUGGUCUAACGACUUUACUGUACCUCGUUCCUCUUCCUCUGGCCUCAGCCCACCAGGCUGGAAGCUUGUUCCUUCUGACAUGGGUUCUCGUCCUUGGUAGCCGCGUCUGGCACCCAUCGCGGACCGCCAAACUGCUGCAGAUGGCAGCAAAGGCGCGUGGCCAUACUGCGUCAAAUGCCGCCCGCCACAUUCCCCCCAAGCUGUAA